CAGACCUCUCGGGCCUGGAGGGUGGCCGUUGGGGCCACUGACGCGGCGGCGGCUCUGCUUACUGGCUUCAGAUGGCAGCGACACGGGAUUCCGGGCCAGGGCUCUGCUGUAAGCCUGGCGGGCGGCUGGACAUGAGCCACGGCUUCGUGCACCACAUCCGACGGAACCAGCUGGCCCGGGACGACUACGACAAGAAGGUGAAGCAAGCGGCGAAGGAGAAAGUGAGGAGGCGGCACACACCGGCGCCGACGCGGCCCCGCAAGCCCGACCUGCAGGUGUACCUACCGCGACACCGAGAUGGCUCUACUCACCCAAGCAACCCAGACUGUGAGGAGUCCGGUGAAAGCAGCUGUAGUGGCGGCUCCGAGCCAGAGCCUUCUGGCCAUCAGCUCUUCUGCUUAGAAUAUGAGACAGACAGCGGAGAGGUCACAUCAGUUAUCGUGUAUCAGGAUGAUGAUCCAGGAAGGGUGAGUGAGGAGGUAUCUGCACACACACCUCUGGAUCCACCCAUGCGAGAAGCCCUCAAGCUGCGUAUCCGAGAGGAGAUUGCAAAACGCCAGCGCAGACAUUGACCAGACUGAAGUCAUUCUCUCCAGGAUGAAUUCACUGCCCAGGGAGCUCAACUCCUUGUUUGGGGCUGCUAGGACCAGUCUGGAUUGAUCUUGAGACCCACCCCCAAGCUACCACAUCCACAGAAAUCAGGUGCUACAGAGGCUAUGCCUGGCCACUUCCUGUGUACCAAGUCUUGUAUGUUGGCCCAUUUGACCUUCCUAAUCUGGAAUUUUUUGAAAAUUUUGUUUGGCACCUUGGGGUUCUGGAAGCAGAGACUCCAGGAAAAGCCAAGGUACAAAAAGCCUUGUGCCAACUUGCUGGUUUUUAACUGAGCUCAUAUGCCGUGGGACACCUGGCCACUACUAUGCCAUCCUGCUCAUAACAUGUUUUUUUUUGUACUUCCUUUCUUGCUUCUCCUAACUUCCACCCAUAUUUUCCUAGGUCUCUUUAUUUUUGCUUUUGUUUGCUUCAUCUUUUUGUUUCAGAAUCCAUUCUGUCCUACCUUCUUACCUCCCAAUAUGACUUUGCACCUCCAGCUGCUUAGGACUUUGGAGGUGGGAGAUUCUGGCAGUAUACAUGUCUCAAAUUCUCCCAGUAAUUUUGAUACCAAUAAAGUGGGAGAUCUUCAUUUUUGAGGCCUACUUCCAAGCCUGCAUCUCCCUCCCCUUCCAUAGAUUUUGUAAGUUCCCCAUGCUUUGCAUUAAGGAGCCCUAACUAAACUGUAAGAAAUUUCUUACAGCUAAACCUACCCUUUUUUAGGGCUACAGAAUUCUAGCUUUUGACUUUAUCCCUAGAUGUGAACAGAGCAGCCUCUGCUCAUGCUAAAGGGGAAUUAUCAAAACAAGAUUGAAACUAAUGCUCCAAGUAUGUUUUAUCUCAAAUGUACAUACAAAAGGAAAGUCAAUGUUAGCAAUAAUUGCCUAUUUGGAGUUCUAGUUUAAAAAAAAAAAAAAGUUUGAACAACACCCUAGAGGAAGUGAUGAAAUUAGGUUCUCUCAUCAGCCACUCCCAUGCCCCAUGCUUUUUCCUUCUCCUUUCCUACCUCCCAAGAGCAUAUAUAAAAUUGAUCCUUCAACUAAAGAUCUCCAGGAAUGUCUUUGUUUUUACCUAAGUGAAUGUCCUAAUGCAGGAUUAGCCUAAGUCCACAUGAAACGUCCACGUGACUUCCUGAAAUUCCAAACCACUGCUUUGUUCCAGCAAAUGGCCUAACCACAAGGACUUGUACCUAUGAGGUUUGAGUGAUCCUGUGAGCACUGAAACUUCUUGAAACCACAGUCCCCUGCCUCAGCAGUUUCUGUGUACCAGGGUCUCAAGAUCAGUCUGGUUGAACCAUCUCAGUAGCUUUAUUAUGCCCCCACCUGACAGAAAUGGAGCAAGUAGGCUACUUAAACUACAUCAUGAAAAUGCAGCAAGCUAUAGCUUGCAGUGCCAGAAGAAUGCCAGAAAAGUGAGUGAGGUGGAUAAGGGCCUGAUUGUGAAAGCAGGGACCAGAGUGCUCCUGCCCCACAGAACUGACCUGGGGCUAAAUGUCUUAAACUUGCCAGUGCUCUGCUUAGUUCUGUUUUAAAAGCAGAAAACUGCUUUCUACAUAUUUAGCUGGACUAGAAGUGCCUUUUGACUCACAAUGUUAACUACCCUGCUGAGACUUCUGGGUCAGGGUAGUGGUGCCAUAUUCCAUCCCUAAUCAGAGGACCAGACCUAUUAGUCUUCCAGUUCUUCAGUUGAUCUUCUAACUUGAACAAAGGAUUUUACUGGAACUCUUAGAUUUGCUAAUCUGGAAAUAAUUUUUUGGGUCUGACUUCUCAUAGCUGGCUGGCCUGUUUCCUGGAUUUAUUACAGAAUUUAGAAAGGACCAGGAGAGGUAAUCAGGGCAUAGCACCUAGUCUUAGCCUCAUUCCUGUUUUGUAAGAGGGAAGGCCUGUGUACUUAUUGUGUCCUCAUAUGUAUUUGUUAUAUAGUCUUCACACUCAGGUAAGAGACUGAUGGGAACUCCUUGCUUGUAAACUUCUCCUUGAGGCACUUUGUUUAGCAAGUACAUAAAAGAUAUUUCACCCAAGAAAGCAUUCUAGUUUUUAGCUAUUUUAUGCAAUAUGAUUAUGUAAAGCACUGUCUGGUACUUAAAUGAAAGGUUGUCCUUUAGAGCAGGCCUGUUAGUGAUAAGACCGGGUGUAACUGCUUCGGUGUAACUAAAAUGCUUCCCAAGUGAUGACCUUCAACCGUCUGACAGAGCUCAGGCUCAUUGCUAUCCCUCAUCUGGAGUCCAAGAUGGUACUAUCGGUGUAUUCACCAGACUUGCCUCCACACAUCUUUCAGUUGCUUUCAAAUAUUGGUGCUUUGCCAUCAAGGAGCAUGUUCCAGAGCAUUUCCCACAGGCUCUAGAGAUGUCCCAAAGAAGACAGUCUCACGCUGUUUGGUGCAGUGGCAAUGGUGUUGGACUAGCUGGAUCUUUCCAGCAAGCUAAUUCAGAAUCAACACUUAUGACUGGACAGGAUCAUGGCUGCCUAAAAAUGUCUGGUACCCUUAUAGGCAUAUCUGAUGCCCACCUAAAAUAAAGUGUUCUUCACUUACUGAGGGUAAGACUUAGAAUUUAAGGUUUUGUGUUUCCAGCUCUACAAUGGGUGAUACUAAAAAUAGAAGGAAACUGAGGUUUGCAGAGGCUUUGGGCGAUGCAAGAGUAAACACUUAAUGCUUGAGUUGCAGCCAGUUGGCACACAUGGAGGUCUUUGAAGAAUAUAAUUUAAGAAGAGAAAAGAAGAAUGUGAAACUUGCUGAAUAAGAGUAGGAGCCUGUGAAGCCUGGCCAACCAAUAGGACCAAUGGGGGCAGUAACAUGCUUCUUGUGGACAAGCCUCUGUAAGGGACAUUCCAUCUCCAUAGUCCACUCUCAGGGCACUGCCAACUAGAGAUUAGUCCAUUGGACUGGAAGAAACUUUGUAUACACAGCAGGGUACACAGUUGCUGUGCAUUCAGUGCAGGAUCUGUGGAAGGUGGGUAGUGGAUCCCCAGCAGGUUCACAAAUGUAAAUGAAGCCAUUGCGUUUAGAAAGACAAUGGGGACAGAUUACUUUGCUACCUCUGAGCCUUCUUUUGGGAGUAUCACCAUGGAAUGUUCACAGUUAUUUGAAACAUUUUAAGCUGGCUUGAAUUCCUGUCCCUGAAGAAUCAGAUGACCAAGAAGCCUUAGACAUCCACCCAAUUUCCCCCACUAGUUGGAGUGAUAUUAGAAGUGAAAAGUUUCAAAGUGAACGGCUCCACUGCCUUCUCAGAGUCACCAGAAUGAGAGAUUGGUUGUUCUGUUUAUAUUGUUAUAUUAAGUGUGCAAAAAGCCAUACAUUUUUCUGUUUUCUCAUUUGCAAUGUUUCUGUUAUGUAGAUGAAUAAAGUGAAGUGUGCAGAUUAUAUGUGCAGAAAACCUGUGAGGAAGGUAUUUUUCAAAUACAGUGUUCUUUUUAGCCAAUAAACAAACUAUUUUU